AUGACCGAAGUAAAUCCAGAAUCUGUUCCGGUGACCAAACCCACAGAUCCAUGGAAAAAAAUCAAGGAUCCACGCCGUGUCGAAGCGGGAAAAAGAUUGGCAAAAAUAAGUCAACAGGCCAAGGCUGCGAAAAAAGCAAGGGCCGAAGAAAAUUUAAAAGCAGAAGUUCGUGACGAAUGUACGAUGAAAAAUGAAGGUGGAUGGAUUUCCGUCGAGAAAUUAUGUUUGGUUCUCGGUGUGGGAAUCGGGUUGGGAUCGUUGUAUUUAAACUGGCAGAGUCGUCGCGACGAGAAAAGUCCUGCGAAACAGGAGGAUGAAAUUAUCGACGAGAAUAACAACGAUGUGGAAAAAGAUUCUUCGAAAGAACCGUUCGACGACUUGUUUGAUUGA